CACUGCCGUUACCACGCGGCUACUUUCAUGCCUCAUCACAAACACCGGCGGAAUACAGGAGCUCCCAGACGUCUGUACACCUCGACUAAACAAUAAAUGAGUGUUGCGAUGCAGGUGGGGCAGCUAUUGAGACAAAGUGUGCUGAAACAUGCUGGGAGCAGACCCCUGUGCAGUUCUGAGCCAUUGAUUUCUGCAGUGCGUGGCAUCAGCUCGUCACCACAGCAGUUUGCUGCUUCUGGGAGAGCUCACACCUCAUCUAACACAGACACUGAUGUCCCCAAAGUCCUCAUCACUGGAGGUCUUGGGCAAUUAGGAGUGGGACUUGCCAAAUUGCUGAGGAAACGAUUUGGGAAAAACAAUGUGAUUCUGUCUGAUAUCCGAAAACCCCCCAUCGAUGUCUACCACAAUGGUCCAUUCAUUUUCUCAGACAUCCUGGACUACAAAAACCUCAGAGAGAUCGUGGUCAACAACAACAUCAGCUGGCUGGUUCACUACUCAGCUGUUCUGUCCGCUGUGGGGGAGAGCAAUGUCCCACUGGCCAAAGAGGUUAACAUCACAGGUCUCCAUAACAUAUUAGACAUAUCAACCGAACAUGGUCUACGCGUGUUUGUCCCCAGCACAAUCGGUGCCUUCGGUCCGUCCUCACCCAGGGAUCCCACCCCUGAAUUAUGUGUUCAGAGGCCACGCACUAUCUACGGUGUCUCCAAGGUCCAUGCAGAGCUGAUGGGUGAGUACUACCACCACAGGUAUGGGCUAGAUUUUCGCUGUCUCAGGUAUCCAGGCAUCAUCUCAGCUGACUCCCAGCCUGGUGGAGGAACUACAGACUAUGCUGUUCAGAUCUUUCACUCAGCUGUGAAGACUGGACACUUUGAGUGCAACCUGCGCAGUGACACACGGCUCCCUAUGAUGUACAUUGAUGACUGUCUGAGGGCUACUUUAGAGUUCUUAGAGGCUCCCGCAGACAAACUUGUCAGCCGCACCUACAAUAUCCACUCCAUGAGCUUUACACCUCAUGACCUCACUCAGGAAAUGCAAAAACUUCUGCCUUACCUAAAGGUCACCUACAAUGUGGAUCCUGUCCGACAGGCUAUAGCGGACAGUUGGCCAAUGGCAUUAGAGGACAGCGCGGCAAGGCGAGACUGGGGCUGGAAACAUGAGUAUGACCUGCCACAGUUAGUGCAGACCAUGCUGACUCAGAUUAUUACGAAUCACAAGCUGGCGCAAGUCAACUGAGCCUUUUGUAGCAUUUGCACUGAUAAAAGCAGCGAAGCCAUUGCUUUAACUCACAGGUACAUGAGAGUAGGAAAUAAAAAGUUGUUAAUUCAUUCAAAUAAAUAUUUGGAUGAAAACAACUCAAAAAGGUACCAAAAAAAUCUCAGACUUCCGUCUAGUGUUUGUUAUUACAUCUGCACUUGAUGUUUGCAUCAUCUAUCCAUUCAUCUCCUUUUGUUCAGCCAUUGCCUGUCUUGAGGUUUUAGGCUUAAAAUAAGCCAGUCUUUAUAGUAGUGAAACAAUCAAAAUUUCAUUAGACUAUGAGAAAAAUUGAGGAUUAUCCGAUUUAUGGAUUGUCCAAAACACAUGUUUAUGUUGCAAGAGCAUGCUGAAUUCUAGGAAGUUACUUAUUUCCCCCUAAGAGAAUUGAAUUCUCUUUACAAAUGUACUGUAUGGUAUAUCUAGGAUCAGUUU